AUGCUAUCACAUAGGUGGCAAGCAACGGAGCCACGGAUGAACGACAUCCAAAAAAAGGUCGUGUACAAAUUGAAGGCAGCCGGUGGUCUCGUGAAGUUGCAGUCAUUCUGCCGAAUUGCUCGUGAUGAGGGGUAUCGCUGGGCGUGGGUUGAUACAUGUUGCAUUAACCAGGAGGAUCACGCCGAGCUCCAAAAAGCACUCAACUCAAUGUUUGCCUGGUAUCACAACUCACCGCUCACGGUUGUUUACCUCGCGGAUGUUCCGCCUUCAUCCAACUCUGGUGCGCUGGCGAAGAGUGCUUGGAACACCCGAGGAUGGACCGUCCCGGAAUUCCUCGCUCCUAAAGUGAUUCGCUUCUACCAACAGGAUUGGUCUCUAUACCUUGACGACAACUCCCCCAACCACAAAAAGUCUGAGUUGGAGUAUGUGACGGGCAUAGAUGUACAGACUGUCAUCCCCUUCCAACCAGGAAUGAAGAACGCCCGAGAGAAGCUCCGAUGGGCGUCUACCCGUGUCACCACGAUGCCGGAAGACAUCGCAUAUUCAUUAUUUGGUAUCUUCGGUGUCCAACUUCCUAUCAUGUAUGGCGAGAAUAAGCAAAAUGCGCUCGGGCGGCUCCUGCAAGAGAUUGUGGCUCGGUCAGGCGACAUUACUGCCUUGGACUGGGUCGGACAACCA